AUGGCGUCCCGCGGCGGGGCUCUCUGGCAUCUCAAGGAGAUCGUUAUUCAGUACAGUGCAUCCGGAAAUUCCAGCCAGGGUUUGCGCUUCUUCUUCCGCCAUCUGCUGCACAGAUGGAAACAAAGAAAUCCUCAAGUUUUGGUUCACACGGUCGAGAAUAAAUACGAGCCGCCCAAAGCGACUUUCAAGUAUCUCGGAGAGCGAACAGACACUCGCUGCGAGACGCCAUUGAAAGAUUUGUCGCCGGGUCAGAUUGAGCAGAUUCUCGACCUCCACCGAAACAGCAAAGGAGACAAUCGCUUUCUGAAGCACGGUGGGCCGCGCACGUGGACAGAACGGAGAAGCAUCCAGGGUCUUUGGCGACCGAGUUUGCCGUCUCAGCUUCUCGCGCUCAAGUGGUUUCGGAGAAACCGGCCGCCGAUGCGCCUGCCGAAAUACUCGCCCCUCUCGCUGUCUCUGUCCAUCCAAGCCAUUCGGGGACACGGUCGCUGGGGCUCCGAGCGCGAGUUCCCCAGGGGCUGGGACCAACUGCAUUUGAAGGACGUCCUCGGAACUCCGCUUCGGUCGGGGGCCGCAGCGAGAGAAGCUGGCGAGACGCGCAAUGCUUAG